CAGCCGGAGACCGCCGACUCCCGCGGGAUGGGGCGCAGCCUCCACCCGCCGUACUUCAACCUGGCCGCCGCAGCCAGCAUCUGGGCAACGGCCACCUGCGGGGAGGCGGCGGGCGGCGGCCGCACAGAGCUGUACUGCAAGCUGGUGGGGGGGCCGGCCGCCGCCCCCCUCGGGCAAGCCAUCCAGGGACAGUUUUGUGAUUAUUGCAAUGCUGCUGACCCCAGUAAAGCUCACCCUGUAACCAACGCAAUUGAUGGCACAGAGCGCUGGUGGCAAAGUCCUCCUCUUUCUAUGGGCUUGAAGUACAAUGAAGUCAAUGUCACUUUAGAUCUGGGACAGCUCUUCCAUGUUGCCUAUAUCCUUAUCAAGUUUGCAAAUUCUCCUCGUCCAGAUCUCUGGAUCUUAGAAAGAUCAGUGGACUUUGGAAGAACUUUCACUCCUUGGCAAUAUUUUGCUCACUCCAAAGCAGAUUGCUUGGAGCACUUCGGAAAGGAAGCCAAUCUUCCGGUGAGGAGGGACAGCGACGUCCUUUGCACCACAGAGUACUCUCGAAUUCUGCCUCUAGAAAAUGGAGAGAUUGUAGUAUCUUUGGUAAAUGGCCGCCCUGGAGCAAAAAACUUCACUUAUUCCCCUAGUCUUCGGGAAUUCACAAAAGCAACAAACAUCCGCCUUCAUUUCCUCAGAACAAAUACACUUCUUGGACACUUGAUAUCGAAAGCUCAACGAGACCCCACUGUAACCCGUAGAUAUUACUACAGUAUAAAGGAUAUCAGUAUUGGUGGUCGAUGUCUUUGCCAUGGCCAUGCUGAAGUGUGUAAUGCAAAGAGUGCUGAAAACCAAUACCAGUUUCAGUGUGAAUGUCAGCAUAACACUUGUGGGGAAACCUGUGAUCGCUGCUGCUCUGGAUAUAACCAGAAACAGUGGCAACCCGCAACAGCUGGGAGCACAAACAUAUGUGAACCGUGCAAUUGCCAUGGACAUGCCACUGAUUGCUACUAUGAUGCUGGUGUUGAUCAGCGUCGAGAAAGCUUAAACAUUCAUGGGCAAUAUGAAGGUGGAGGAGUCUGCAUUAACUGCCAGCAUAACACAGCUGGUAUUAACUGCGAAAAGUGUGCAAAAGGUUACUAUCGUCCUUAUGGUGUUUCAGUGAGAGCUAUUGAAGGCUGCAUACCUUGCAGUUGUAACUUGGAGCAUGCAGAGGGCUGUGAGCAAGGGUCUGGCCGCUGCUUCUGUAAGCAGAAUUUCCAGGGAGAAAACUGUGAACGCUGUGCUGACGGAUUCUAUGGUUAUCCGUUUUGUGUCUAUACGCCUAUAUAUCCUUUUACUUCUCCAAAUCCAGGAGAUGCUAUGGCUGGUGACAUAAUAGCGUGCAAAUGUAACCCAGCAGGUACCCAGUCCGGCGUCUGUGAUUUCCUUGGGAGGUGUCUUUGUCGCUCAGGGGUAGCUGGACUUCAGUGUGAUGGCUGUCAGCCUGGCCACCACUCCUUCCCUGCCUGUCAAGAAUGUAACUGUGAUGCUGUUGGCUCAGUGGAGAAUACAUGUGGUCCUAGAGGUCAGUGUCUGUGCCACAGUAACUAUGCUGGACUUAGAUGUGACCAGUGUGCUCCGGGUUAUUACAGCUAUCCCAGCUGUUUGCCUUGUCAGUGCUCUCCUGAUGGUUCCCAACAAAGCACAUGUGACCCCACAUCAGGGCAGUGUGAGUGUCAGAUGGGCAUCACGGGGCAACGAUGUGACAGAUGCCUUUCUGCAGCCGACAGUUUCCCCUACUGCAAAGGUGCCAACAGUGAAUGUGAUCCUUCAGGUAGCGUUGGUUCUUAUUCCGGCUAUUGUCAAUGUCUUCAGCAUGUUGAAGGUCCUACGUGUAGUAAAUGCAAACCAUUAUACUGGAACCUGGCCAAAGAAAACCCUGAGGGAUGCACAGCAUGCCAGUGUGAUGUGAGUGGAACACUAAGUGGAGUUGGAGAAUGUCAGCAGGAAAAUGGGCAUUGUUACUGCAAAUCUAAUAUUUGUGGAGAUUCCUGUGACACCUGUGAAGCUGGUUAUUAUGCUGUCGAAAACAAGAAUUAUUUUGGCUGCAGAGGCUGUCGGUGUGAUGUUGGAGGAUCCCUCAGCCCAGCGUGUGCCGAGCCCUCGGGUGGCUGCCAGUGCAGGGCCCAUGUCAUGGGGAUAACCUGUCAGGAGCCUGAAAAAAACUAUUUUUUCCCUGAUCUGCACCACAUGAAGUUUGAGAUUGAAGAUGGUACUACUGUCAAGGGAAGGGAAAUUCGUUUUGGCUAUGAUCCUCAGGAAUUCCCUGGCUUCAGUUGGAGAGGAUAUGCUCAGAUGUCAUCUAUACAAAAUGAAGUGAAGAUAACUUUGAAUGUGGAAAAAUCAAACUUAUUUUGCAUUAUCCUGAGGUAUAUUAACCCUGGAGGUGAAACAUUGUCUGCUUGCAUAUCUGCUUGUCAAUCUCAGCCUGAAACAGGGGCUGCUCAGAGCAAAGAGUUUGUCUUCCCACCCAGCAAGGAGCCAGCUUUUGUCACAAUCCCAGGAAAAAGCUCCACAGAGCCUUUCUCACUGGUUCCAGGCACAUGGACUGUCAGUAUAAUGGCAGAGGAAGUCCUCUUGGAUUAUAUGGUGCUGUUACCUAGUGAUUACUACGAAGCAUCCAUCUUGCAGAUACAAGUUACAGAGCCUUGCACCUAUUCAGGACAUGCUUCAACAGAGCACUGCUUGCUCUAUCAGCAUUUGCCAUUGGGCAGAUUUUCCUGUGUCCUUGGUUCAGACGCAGUGUAUUUCAGCCAUGGGGGAGAAUACAGAAGAAUACCUGUGCGGCAGCCAACUCCUGAUCAACCAGUGAUGACCCAUAUCAGUGGGAGAGAGGUCAAUUUACAGAUGACCAUAAAUGUUCCUCAGGUUGGUCACUAUGUUCUGAUUUUUGAAUAUGCCAAUGAAGAUGAUCAGUUAUACACUGCUGAGGUAACAAUAUAUAAUCCUGGACCUGUCACUGAAGGCAGAGUGAGAAUAUAUAGUUGUAAAUACAGUUUCCUUUGUCGCAGCGUUGUAGUUGAUGACAGCAAUCGCAUUGCAGCCUAUGACCUACUAGCAGACACAAAGAUACAUCUUAAGGCAUCAUCAAUUAAUUUUCUUCUGCACAAGGUUUGUAUUGUACCAGCUGAAGAAUUUUCUCCAGAAUAUGUGGCUCCUAAAGUACAGUGCAUAGCUGCUUACAGGAGUACCCGUGAUGGAAGUGCAACAUGCGUUCCCUCAGUGUAUGAAACUCCACCAGCAGCUUUGGUUUUGGAUGCAUUCAAGGAUGGAAAUAUUUCUGAAGUACAGAGAAAUAUACCCUACGAUCCACUGAGUGCCCCUUUACCUUCUGACUCCGUUAAUGGAUUCACCUUGACACCGCUACAGAACCAGAUUACCUUGAGUGGCAGAGUGCCCCGCAUGGGCAGAUAUGUAUUUGUGGUACAUUUUUAUCAGCCAGCACACCCGGUGUUCUCUGUGCAAGUGCAUGUGGAUGUGGGACGUGUGUGGUCAGGUUCCUUCAAUGCUUCAUUCUGCCCUCAUACCUCUGGCUGUCGGGAUCAGGUGAUUGCAGAAAACCGAAUUGAGCUUGACAUUUCUGAACCUGAGAUCUCUGUUACAGUGAUGAUACCUGAUGGAAGAAUGCUGGUUCUGGAAAAAGUCUUAGUUGUUCCAGCAGACACCUACAGUUACAAAAUUCUUGACAAAAAGACAGUGGACAAGUCAUUUGAUUUUAUCAACCAAUGUGGAGGAAACAGUUUUUAUAUUGACCCAGAAGGAUCAUCGGCCUUCUGUAAGGACUCUGUGAGAUCACUAGUGGCUUUCUACAACAAUGGAGCCCUGCCAUGUAAUUGCCAUAGUGCAGGUGCUGUGAGCCCUACUUGCAGCCCCCUGGGAGGACGGUGUAUUUGCAGACCUAAUGUCAUCGGUCGCCAGUGCAGCCGAUGCCAGACUGGCUACUAUGGAUUUCCAUUCUGCAGGUUAUGCAACUGCGGGCAGCGUCUUUGUGAUGACAUGACUGGUAAAUGCAUUUGCCCUCCGCGAACUGUGAAACCAAAAUGUGAAGUGUGCAAGAAAAAUUACUUCAGCUACCACCCUCUUGCUGGCUGCGAGAGCUGCAACUGUUCGGAAAGAGGAAUCGUUGAUGUAGCAAGCCCAGAAUGUGAAAAAAACAACGGGCAGUGCACGUGUAAACCAGGAAUAAAAGGACGGCAGUGUGAUCAGUGUGCUCCUGGAACUUACAGUUUCCCAAACUGUGUACCGUGUAAUUGUAACAGAGACGGAACAGAACCAGAUGUUUGUGAUGCCGAGACAGGAAUUUGUCUCUGCAAGGAGAAUGUUGAAGGUGCGGAAUGUGAUACUUGCCGGCCAGGAUCCUUUUAUCUGGACCCUUCUAAUCCCAGGGGAUGCACCUCUUGCUUUUGUUUUGGAGCAACCAGCAACUGUCGCAGCACAAAUCAUCGUAGAACCAAGUUUGUGGAUAUGAGGAACUGGAGCUUGGAGGCAGUGGCUGAAAAUAUUGACAUUCCAGUCACUUUCAAUCCAGUCAGUAAUAGUGUAGUGGCUGAUGUUCAAGAAUUGCCUGCUUCAGUGCACAGUUUGUACUGGAAAGCACCACCAUCUUACCUGGGAGAGAAGCUUUCUUCAUAUGGUGGCUUCCUAAGUUACCAAGUGAAAUCUUUUGGCUUACCUAGUGAGGGCAUGGUUCUUCUGGAUAAGAGACCUGAUAUACAACUAACAGGCCAGCAAAUGAAAGUUGUUUAUAUGGAUCCCAAUGACCCACUGCCUGACCGCCAAUAUUAUGGCCGUGUGCAGCUCGUUGAGGGAAACUUCAGGCAUGCCAGCAGCAAUAACCUUGUAUCCAGAGAAGAACUGAUGAUAAUCCUGUCUAGACUGGAUGGUUUACACAUCAGAGGCCUUUAUUUCAUGGAGACCCAGCGAUUAACUCUUGGUGAGGUUGGGUUGGAAGAAGCCACCAGCACAGGAAGCGGCAGUAUCGCAUACAGCGUAGAGACAUGCUCCUGCCCUCCAGAGUACACUGGUGAUUCAUGUCAGGAAUGCAGCCUUGGAUUUUAUCGUGAGAAUAAAGGAUAUUUUACUGGACGCUGUGUCCCCUGUAACUGCAAUGGAAAUUCAAAUAGGUGUCAAGAUGGUACUGGAAAAUGCAUUAACUGUCAAUAUAAUACUGCUGGGGAGAAAUGUGAGCGCUGCAAAGAUGGAUAUUUUGGAGAUGCCACUCAAGGUUCCUGCCGGGUGUGUCCUUGCCCCUAUACAAACAGAUUUGCAACUGGCUGUGUGGCAAAUGGUGAAGAAAUCCAGUGUCUGUGCAAAGAAGGCUAUACUGGAGUUCGUUGUGAACGCUGUGCUCCAGGAUAUUUUGGAAAUCCACAGAAAUAUGGAGGCUACUGUCAGAAAUGUAACUGUAAUAAUAACGGACAGCUGGCUAGCUGUGACCACCUGACCGGAGAAUGUUUCAAUAAUGAACCAAAAGAUGUGGAUCCCAACGAAGAUUGUGACCCUUGCGAUAGCUGUGUAAUGACGCUGCUGAAGGAUUUGAGCACAAUAGGUGAUGAGCUUCAACUGAUUAAAUCUCAGGUGCAAAAUGUCCAUGCAAGUAGCCACACUCUGGAGCAGAUGAGACUUCUGGAAACACGCAUCAAGGACUUAAAGGUCUUAUUGAACAACUACCGUUCUGUUGUACGUAAUCAGGGUUCAAAGGUAGAUGAAUUGGAGACAGAAUUCUUUAACCUAAAUCAUGAUGUAAACGCUCUCCAGGAAAAGGCUGAAAUGAACUACAAAGCAGCUGAGAUAUUAUUUAAUAAUUUUGGCCAAACUCAUCAGAAAGGAAAGGAUUUGGUUUCACGAAUACAAAUAGCUGUCAACAAUAUACAAGUGCUAUUGGAACAAGUAGCUGGUACAAAUGCAGAAGGUAACAACCUGCCCUUGGGAGAUGCUGCCAAAGAACUGGCCGAAGCUCAACGCAUGAUGAUGGAGAUGCAAAACCGCAACUUUGGCCAACUUCAAGCAGAGGCGGAGAAGGAGCGAACAGAAGCUCAGCUGCUACUGGCACGUAUUAAAAAUGAACUACAAAAGUACCACCAAGAGAAUCAUGGGCUUAUUAAAAUUGUGAGGGAUUCAUUGAAUGAAUACGAAUCAAAAAUCACUGACCUUCGUGAAGCUCUGAAUGAGGCAACGGGACAAAUCAAGCAGGCUGAAAACUUAAACAGAGAUAAUGGAGUUCUGCUGGAAGACAUUAAGAAACGGAUUGAGGAGACAAAUGUACAACAGAAUGGUAUCUUGGAUAUUCUAAGCUCUGCCCGAUCUUCCCUGGCACAAGCUAACAGCGUACUUGGAUUACUGCAAAAGAGCAAAGAGGAAUAUGAAAGCCUGGCUGCUCAGCUGGAUGGAGCAAGGAAGGAUAUGAAUGAAAAGCUGACAAAUGGCUCCUCAUCAGCAAGCAAAGAACCGUUGGUGGUGAGGGCUGAGGAACAUGCCAAAUCUUUGCAAGACUUGGCAAAACAACUGGAAGAAAUAAAGAAUAGUGCCAGGAAGGACGAGUUGGUAGGCUGCGCUGUGGAAGCUUCUACUGCCUAUGACAAUAUUAUUAAUGCCAUCAAAGCAGCAGAGGAAGCAGCCAAAAAAGCUGGGAAUGCAGCUGAAUCAGCUUUAUCAACCGUGAAGAAAGAAGACCUAUCAGGAAAAGCUGCAAGGUUAAAAACUGAGAGCACUACACUCUUGAAUCAAGCACAGGAGACUGAAAAGACACUGAAAGCUAUUGGUCCAACCCUUGAAGACAUAAAGCAAAGACUUGAUGUCACUGAUGGAAAGAAGAAUACACUGCAAGUUGAUCUUGUCACUUUUCAAAAUAAUCUCAAUGGAAUAAACAGAGAUGACAUCGACAGCAUCAUAACCGGUGCAAAGAACAUGGUAAAAAAUGCUGAGGGUGUAACAACUAAUGUAUUGGAUGAACUGCUCCCAAUUCAAGAAGAUGUGGAAAAAAUGAAGAGUACCUAUGGAAGCGCACAGAGUGCUGGCUUCAGUAAAGCACUGACGGAGGCAAACAAUUCAGUAAAAAAAUUGACAAACAAACUUCCAGAUCUGUUCAGCAAGAUCGAGAGUAUCAACCAACAGCUGAUGCCAACAAGCAAUAUCUCUGAGAAUGUAAAUCGCAUAAGAGAGCUAAUUCAGCAGGCAAGAGAUGCUGCAAACAAGGUUGCUAUUCCUAUGAGGUUCAAUGGCAGCUCUGGUGUGGAAGUUCGACCUCCGAGCAACCUUGAAGAUCUGAAAGGCUAUACUUCACUUUCUUUCUUUCUCCAAAGACCUCAGACAAGAUUAGACAACCCCCAGAGGGCAUCGAAUAAGUUUGUACUGUACCUGGGUAACAAAAAUGCUUCCAAGGACUAUAUUGGUAUGGCUCUGAAAGAUGGUCACCUUACUUGUGUCUAUAACCUGGGAGAUGGUGAUGUAGAAAUAGAUGCGCAGCCAUUUGUGACUCAAAGUGAAACUGAGGAAGCUGUUAUGGAUCAAGUAAAGUUUGAAAGGAUUUACCAGUAUGUAAAGCUGAAUUAUGUCAAAGCAGCAACAUCAGCUUCUCCAGAGUAUCAAAGCCCUUUAACUGCAAACAGUGAAGGCAAUGACGUGCUUCUGAAUCUUGAUCCCAGCACUGUUGUCUUUUAUGUUGGAGGAUACCCACCAGAUUUUAGGCCGCCACGUAAGCUAGACUAUCCUCAUUAUGAAGGCUGCAUUGAAUUAGACAACCUAAAUGAGCAGAUUAUCAGCCUUUACAACUUCAAGAGGACAUUUAAUCUCAAUACCACUGAAGUGCAACCCUGCAGAAGGUAUAAAGAAGAGACUGACCAAAGCUAUUUUGAAGGCACUGGUUAUGCCAGUGUCACAUUGAAAGAACUAAAUUCCCACAGCCGAGUACGCUACGAACAGACAAUUGAGACUACUGCAGAUGAAGGCAUUGUCUUUUUUGCAACAGAUGGGGAUCAGUUCAUCAGUGUGCUUAUUAAAGAUGGUCAUACAGUUUUUAAAUACAAAGUUGGCUCUGAGCCUCCAAAAGAAAUAGAAACCAAUGCAACUGUAAAUGAUGGAACGUAUAAACAAAUUCAUUUGGUGCUUGCCCGAAGUAGGAAUACUGUUCAUGUCAGCCCUAAUAUUAAAGCCAACAUAAAUGUCUUCCUUUUCACUAAGUACUACCUAGGUGGAAUUCCAUCUUCUCUACGGGAGCGCCUUAAUAUAUCCACACCUCCAUUCCGGGGCUGCAUGAAGAAUGUGAAAAACCCUAACACUGCAUCUGUUGUAUUUGACGAGACUGUUGGUGUCAGCAAGAAAUGCUCAGAUGACUGGAAGCUUGUCAGAUCGGCAGCUUUCUCUAAGAAGGGAACAUUGAGCCUGAGUGCGGUGGGUUUCCCAUUUCCCAAGGAUUUCCAAGUUGGCUUUGGAUUUCAGACCAUGACAUCGACUGGAACACUCUUAAAUUACAAUCUAUGGCCUAAUAUUCUUACCAUCUUUCUGACACCUGGCUUUGUAAUUGCAAAAAUGGGAGAGAAAGAAAUCAAAUUGGAAAAGAAAUAUGAAGACGGAUCAAUGCAUUACGUGACAGUCAAAAAAACAAACGACGUAGUACAUCUAUUGGUUGAUGAUAAGUCGGAAUUGGCAUCAGUUGACUCUUCCAGAGCACGGGCAUUAAUCGAACCUAUAAAGUUUGGUGGAGAUGAUUUUGAAGGUUGCAUCUCAAACAUUUUUAUAAAAAGGGCAGGUCAGCUCCCUGAGGUUCAGAAUCUCGUUGAUUAUACUGCGAAGACUGGUGUGUCCCUUGGAGCUUGCCGCAAAUAUGAGAACCUUGAACCAGUGCUGCUGAAGGAAUUUAAAAAUCCUCUCAAGCUUAAGAUGUUCAAGCAGGUACAGAAUGAAAAAUACCUUGGGUACUUGAAAGCUGCUAAUAUGCAAACCCACACUUUACCAAAUCCAUUAAAUGUCAGCAGUGAAGCAUAUCUCUUUGGAAAUAUCCCAAACAGUUUUAUAUCCUACAUGUUUUCUCCUCUGUCAUCUACAGACAGGUUACGCUUUUCUGUAGAUGUACGGACUCGAUCAUCAAGAGGAUUAAUAGUUUUCAUGGAGGAAAGGUCUGAUGAGUCUUAUAUGGCUCUCCACAUUUCAAAAGGACGUUUUGUCUUUUCACUUGGCUCUGGAGGAACACACAUCAAACUCAAAACCAGUAUUAAAUACAAUGAUGGGCAAUGGCACACUGUUGUCUUCAGCACAGAUGGGGAGAACAUCCGCCUUGUUGUUGACGGUCUAAGGGCCCAGCACAGAAGAUUACCAACAAAUUCUGCCAUCAGCAUUAAGCCACCAAUCUAUGUGGGAGGGCUGCCAUCACUGAAAACACAGAAUAUACCAAUGAACAGUUUCAAAGGUUGCCUGAGGAAUUUUAGAAUGAAUGGAGAAGUCAUGAAUGCACCUCAGCAAAAAAAUGGUGUACUUCCAUGUCUGGAUGUUCCCAUGGACACUGGGAUUUAUUUCUUUAAUGAAGGAGGAUAUAUCACCAUUGGCAAUUUGCUGAUGGGCUUGGGUUUUAGGAUUGUAUUUACCAUUCGACCAAGGAGUUCAACAGGUAUACUCCUCCAUGCUGGAAACAAGCAAGACAACUACUUGACUAUUUACAUGGAAGAAGGAAAGGUCAUUGCUGCUGGAAAUAGUGGUGCUGGUGAAUUCCAGACAUCAGUCACACCAAAGCAACAUCUGUUUGAUGGACAGUGGCAUACUAUUGCAGUUUUUCAGGAGGAGAACACGGUGCAGCUAGAGGUGGGCACACAGAGUAACUAUACUACUGGACUUCCACCCUCUCCUCCUAGACGUGUGCAUCAGCCACUCUACUUUGGCAAAAUUCCAGCAAAUUUUGAACACACCGUGGCUUCCAGUUAAAGGACCCAUUUUUUGGCUGUCUUCGGAAUAUUAAUGUCAAUGAUAAACAUGUCUCCACCAGGAGAAUUUCAGAGGUUCAUGGUGCAGUGAGUUUGCAUGGCUGCCCAGUGAAGUUAACUUUGCUGUGACAGUAGUUGUACACACAUCAGGUUGGGUCUGCUGAAGUACUGCAUGAAUUCAUGCAAUAUGGGUUCCCCUUUUGCUGAUCACCACGUCACUGUCACUAGGCUGGCUAUUCAGAACAGUUGGUGAGCAAAUGCAUCCUCUGGGUGUGGACUGUGCCAAAGCAAAUUAAAAGUAUUUGCUUUGAUAAACUCCUUUUUCAAUUUUGUCAAUUUCCAAAGUAAUGCUGUUGUGCCUUUCGAAACAUAUGCAGAAAAUAAAAUUGUAUAUACUCUAGUGGGCCAAAUCUGCUCUCACCCACAACAGCAUCACUUGAAUAACUCCAGUGUCUUUAAUUUUGGUAAUUUGCCUUAAUGCUGGUCAUCUUGAGAGCAAAUUUGAUCCACUAAUAUAAAGAAUUUUAUAAAAAUAUAAAUGUCUUUGGAAUUGAUGUCUAUACAGAAAUGUACAUUAAUGUUAAAAGUAAUAAUAAUAAUAUAAAUGGAGUUUGAAGCACUUUAAGGAGUGAAACUCUGGGAGUUUGUUACAAUGCUAGGAAUUCUGGGGCCAAAUAAAUGCUGUAUGUUCUCAAAACCA